GAGGAUAAACGGUAUCGCAAUAAUUCUGCCUCUGCUCGAUCUCGCCUCAAGAAGAAACAAGAGACUCUCCGUCUCGAACGCACGGUCUCCGAUCUGGCUGGGCGCUUUGAUGAACUCGAGCGGGAGGCCACCGAACUCAGGAAAGAAAACAACUGGCUGAAGGAACUAGUUCUUCUCCGGGGUAAAUCAGUGACCGAGGCUGGGAACAGUGGACAUGAUGAACAUGUUCCGAGUGAGGACGAUGAUUUGGGCAACGCACAGGAACGGGGAGGCGGCUCUAUCGCGGAGGGCAAAGGCAAGGGGAAAGGCCUUUCAUGA